AUGUUGCAAAGAGUUUUCGUCUCCCCACGGUGGCCUUUAUUCCUCUAUGCAGCUACAUGGACGGCCCUUUUGACCGCGACGGUGAUGGUGGCCUCGUUCUCGCCGGAGUUUGCUUUUGUCUCGGCCAUAACUCCGAGUUAUUCUUUCUCUAGUAUGUGUAAUUCAGAAGGGUCCGUGAGGGUUCCAUUGGAUGUUCCGGCGGAGGUGUUUUGUUUCCCGGCUCAGCUGUUUCGGAGAUCUAAGAUGGACUUGUUGGUUCCUCCGGUUUUCGCCGCCAUGAUCGUCGCUGGCUCAGCUUAUGUAGUUAGAGCUUUAGGGUUGUGGGAGGUGGAUAAUGAAACACAUUGAGAGAGAAAAGGAGAGAGAUUUGAUGAUGGGAUGGAUUCAUCACCUAACCUUGGAAAGGACAAGGAUGGCUUUUGAAGUUGACAAAUUUUUUGAAAUUGGUAUACUUGAUGGGGUUUAGAUGGAUUAGGUGUG